AUAGAAUUAAGAUGGCUGCUUAUGCAGCUCUAGUUUCUCUUAUGCGUAUUAUAGAUGAUAUUGAAACUCAUCCUUCCCCUCCGAUUUCUCUCGACAACCAACAAGUGAAAUCUCUCACCGAAAUGGUUACCUUCUUGCAGGAAUUUCUCGAAAGCUACAAGUCACCAUACGAGUAUAGAGACGAAGCAGAUCCAUUGGAGAUUCUUAUUAAGGAUGCAACUCAUGCGGUUGAAGAUGUGAUCGAGUCCUAUAUUAUUGACACAAUCCAGCUUUCUGCCGCAGCAACUGAUGAACAAAUCAAUUGCAUCCAUUUCUAUCAAGAUCUGCAAAAUGUGAUAGAAAAAAUGGAUUUGAUCAAGAAAGAGGUGACUGUAAUAACAACGGUGAAGGAAGAGCACAAGAGAAAGGUGGCAUCUGAUGAUGUUGGUUUGAGAUUCAGUUCCACUGAUGAGAAGAAGCAUUUAAUGGUAGGGUUUGAUGAUGUGCUUCUUCAACUCCUGGAUAGGCUUACCGAUGGAAACACCAGCCGCCAAAUCAUCCCUAUCGUAGGGAUGGGUGGCAUCGGCAAAACCACUCUUGCAAAAGGUGCGUUUGAACACAAGUUUAUUAAGGAGCAUUUUGAUAUCUGUGUUUGGGUUACCAUUUCUCAAGAUUAUAAUGUAGUAGAAACCCUUAGGGAAGUUCUCACUCGAGUGGGAGGAUCCUCGAGCAGUAUGGAUGAGAAAGAAUUGGAAGUUAGAUUACACCAGUGCUUAUGGGGUAGGAGGUAUCUCAUUAUAUUGGAUGAUAUGUGGAGUAUAGAUGUGUGGGAUAGGUUGAAAUUUUCGUUCCCUGAUUGUAGUGAGGGUAGUCGAAUAGUAGUAACAACGAGGAUGUCGAACUUAGCUGCCCACUUGACUGAUUCGUAUAGCGUCUUUAAGAUGAGAUUUCUAGACGAAGUUAGUAUAGAAUAUUGGGAGCAAAUAGAGGAAAACUUAACGUCAAUAGUGAAUUCGGAGGAGGAUGAUUAUUGUUUGAGAACAUUGAAACUGAGCUAUAACCACUUGCCCGCCUAUCUAAUGCCUUGUUUUUUGUAUAUGGGAGUGUUUGAGGAAGACAGUGAAAUUGAUCAUGCAAAAAUCAUCCAAUUAUGGGUUUCUGAAGGAUUCCUUAAAUCAAUAGACAACAACAGCUUGACAACAAUUGCCGAACAAUACUUGAAAGAACUAGUGGAUAGAAAUCUCAUUCUAGUUCAUGAGUUGGAGAUACUUGGUAACGUAAAAUCCUACAAAAUUCAUGAUUUACUUAGAGAUCUAUCCGUGAAAGAAGCUGAAAAACAGAGGUUUUUUCAUAUCUUGAGUGAUCAAAGUCCUCAGGGACUAAUUAGCCAACAACGUAUUGUUAUUCAUGGAAGCACUUCAAAGGAAAAAAUCCUGAAUGCCUUGGAAUAUAUGCCCCAUGCUCGUUGUUACCUAGUAUUUGGUAGUAGAAAAGUUGUUCAGUUCCCAAAUUCAAGAUUAUUGAGGAUCUCGCAUGCGCAUGGUAGUCUAAGUGAAGAGGAGUAUUCACAACUAAAUGUGUUUCGGUUGAUGAACUCACGAUAUCAUCGUCUUGAUACUUAUAAGAAGUUUGUAAUUCCUUCUUCUAUAGAUCUGCUUUGGAAUCUAGAUACACUGAUUAUUAGUUGUACGGGAAAUUUUACUGCACCAAUUGAAAUCUGGAAAAUGUAUAAACUUAAGCAUCUCGAGGUUGCAUAUGGGACAUUGCAUCUCCCAGAUCCCCCAAGCGCGGACGAUGAUGGUAUUAUUAUGAUGGAGAAUCUAGAAGUGCUUAAAGUUGUGAAAAAUUUCAAUGUAAUUGAAGAUGUUGUUAAAAGAAUUCCCAAUAUCAAGGAAUUGAGUAUGAGAUAUGAGGGGCAGCUAAUUGAUAAAAUGAACUAUAUAAGUUGUCUUGAAUGUUUUAGUAAACUGGAAUCCUUGAUGUUGUAUACCAACUCUACUGAUAUUGGAAAGUAUCUGCUGAAGAUAAACUUCCCACCCUCUCUUAAAAAGUUGAUUCUCGGGCUACCAAGUGAUUUUGAGUGGGACGACAUACUGCCAACGAUAGGUUCCUUACCACUUAUUGAGGAGCUCGAAGUAUGCGGAGGCCGCUUCAGAACACGCGAGUGGGAAACAACGGAUGGCCAAUUCCAGAGUCUCAAGUCACUAAAAUUGUAUCAAUGUGGUGAUCUAGAAAAUUGGACAGUGUCAGAGAGCUCCCACUUUCCACGUCUUAUAAAGCUUCAUCUUAUUUUUAUAAAUGACUUGAAGGAGAUUCCUCCUGAAAUCGGAGAAAUACUAACACUCAGGUCAAGUGAAUUGAACUUUUGCAAUGAAUCAGUGGUGUUGUCAGCUAAAAGGAUAUUAGAGGAACAAGAGGAUUUACAUGACGACCAAGUACUAGACCUUCAAGUUGACAGUAAGCGCUACAGCUAUGGAGAAAGAUGAAGA